GUUGGACAUCGGCUUGUUGUAGCAACAGCUGGAAGACAUGUUAAUGUUUAUGACUUGAGGAACAUGUCUUGUCCUGAACAACGGAGGGAAUCUUCAUUGAAAUAUCAAACCAGAUGUGUACGCUGCUACCCAAAUGGAACAGGAUAUGCACUUAGUUCCGUUGAAGGGAGGGUUGCAAUGGAAUUCUUUGACCUAUCUGAAGCUAGCCAGGCAAAGAAAUAUGCUUUCAAGUGUCACAGAAAAUCCGAAGCUGGAAGGGAUAUUGUCUACCCUGUAAAUGCCAUGGCAUUCCACCCCAUAUAUGGUACAUUUGCCACAGGAGGUUGUGAUGGUUUUGUUAAUGUAUGGGACGGAAACAACAAAAAGAGGCUGUAUCAGUAUUCAAAAUACCCAACUAGCGUUGCUGCACUCUCAUUUAGCAGAGAUGGACGUCUCCUAGCUGUUGCGUCAAGUUACACUUUUGAAGAGGGACUGAAACCCCAUGAACAAGAUGCUAUCUACGUUCGUAGCGUGAAUGAAAUUGAGGUCAAGCCAAAACCCAAAGCCCUUCCUAAUCCUACAGCGUGAUUCUAGUUCCUGAUAUUAAUUUUGAAAAAUAGGAAAUUCUUUUAUCAUAUUUCUACUGUGUACUGUUUUUGGACUGGAUUUCCACCUUGUACUAUGUUCACAUCUUCACAUCUUUAGUGUGAACAUUCCAAGUUAAACUGAUGUUGUGAAGCAGUAGCGAAUUUCUAGAUACGUGCUGGUUAACAUUUUGGCAUUUCUAUUUUAUGCGUCUGAGUUUGCCUUCAUUGUAAAUAUUUGCUGUUGUUAUGUUGUAAAGACCAGGAUGACAACUAUUAUUUGCUGCUUUAAUAAGAAUUUAGCUGUGAGAUCCCUUAUUAUGUAUUGCAAAAGAAAGGCCCUGCUGCUAGAGCUGUGCAGGGAGACUACGAGGCUAGU